GUACAAACGCAUGCAACUGCGGUUUUCGCUAUAAACUCUCAUUAACCAACCAGCUUGUCCGUACAUUAACUUAUUUACCGUCCUGCGAUUUACGGCGGUCGAAAUUGAUAGAAUGUUAAUUAUUUUAUCAGCGUUGAAGAGGAUUUUAAAGUGAUUCUUAACUAGUCAAAUAACUGUUCGUUGGUAAUUGACUAGUUGUGCAAUUCAGAAUGUCUCGUGCUCAAGCUGAAAGCGUCAUCAAAAAUAUUAUUCGUGAAGUUGCUCAGGAAUGUGCGGGGAAAGGACAGAGCGUAUCAGAAACUUUGGUUGCGUUUACGGUAAAGGCUGUUGUUUUAGACCCAAGAAAUCAAUUCAACGUUGAUCGGACUCUUACAAACAAUGAUGUACGAAACCUCAUUGAGUUAUGUGUUGACCGCCUCCUGGAUCAAGAAAGUCCUGCCCUUGACACAAUCAAAAUGCAGGUCUAUUUUGAUAUGAAUUACACAUCACGACGUGAGCUCCUGGAGGAGCAUCAGCGUGUGCUUCGGUCGAGGUUGGCUGCAGUGAGCCGUGAAAUUACAGAGAGCCGAGUCAAGGAUCGCGAGGAGCUGGAUAUCCUUUACCUUGCGAUCGUUAGCUAUGUGCUGCUUCGCUCUGGCGUCGGCUCCCCUACCGACAUCAAUACAGUGCGAGAGGCAACCGCUGCCUUGCAGAGUGUGUUCCCGCAGUCGGAGAUGGGAACCUUCAUGUCCCUCCUCAGGAAGGACAAGGAGCAGCAGCUGAAUGAGCUCAGCAUGAUCGUCUUGGGCAUCCGUCUCUUCAACAGGGACAGCGGGAAGGGAGGGGAGGGCAUCGAUGACCUGCCUUCAGUCUUGAAAGAGCUCAUUUCCACCACCAAGACUGACAUUCUAUCAGAGCUCAAGGCUUCGUCUGACUUAGCCUGCCAGCAAACAGCCUUGCUUGAGUGGUUGCAUGACCCUGUGGACGGGCCCAGUGAAUUCUUCAUCCCGAAGUCCCUGCUGAACCAGGCGGUGUACAACGUGAGGCAGCACGAAGCUUUCCUGAACAUCAUCUUGGCAGACGAAGGCUUAUGUGAAAUGCAAGUGGAAUCGCUGCAGGCAAACCUACGCACACAAAUGAAGGACUUAAGGGCGACUGUCGAGUUCAAGACCGCAAUUCCAACUGCCCAGGUUUUUCCGCAUUUCACAGCUCUGGCCAAGACGUGGGCGGGGCUACAGGAUGAGAUCGUGCUGCUGGGUGUCCUUGGCAACAUGGCAGCCAAUCUGCGGCCCUUCAUAGCCACGCAGUCCCGGGUCCUUCCUAAAGAGCAACUUGACGAUUUGCUGGAGGGCAUGCAGGUGAAGAGCGAUGAGCAGAGGAUGAAGGAUUCCUCAGGGAACCCUGUUGAUCCCACGCAGUUUGAAAACAUAGAAUGGCUCUUCCCUGAAACCACAGCUAACUUUGACAAACUGGCUCUUCAGUUCAAAGGAAUCUGUGGGUAUACACUUGUGGAGAAGGAGGGCUUUCUUUUGCCAGGUAACCCAUAUAUUGGGACCCUGAAGCACAGAGAGAAAUACUACAUUUUCAGUUCCAAAGAGGCGGCUUGCAGUUUCGCCGCAAAGCCGGAGGAAUACAUCGCGCAGGUCGCCGAAAUCGCCAAGAAGGCCCCAGAGCUUAUUCACCUGCUGGAACUCCACCAGCAGUUUGCCUCUGUCACUCCAUAUUCAGAGGUGCAGUCAGGAGAGAGGCUGAUGGUGAGGCCCAUCGUGAAGUGUGACAGCUGCACGCAAACUGACACACACUUGGUGGAGACAAACAUUGUGAGGUCGUAUGAAUGGAACGAAUGGGAACUCAGAAGAAAAGCCAUCAAACUGGCCAACCUGCAGAGAAAACUGACCCAAUCUGUGCAGACGGAUCUCAGCCACAUGAGAAGGGACAAUGUCACCCAGACGUACCCUUCCAAAGACGCUUCCUGCCAAAGCAAGAAGGACGGCCAGAGCAAUGUUCCAAAACCGCAGGUGUACCUGGCAGGCCUUCGCGGAGGGGGAUUAAAGCCAACGAAUAUGGUCAAAGCCAAUUUAACAAGGGCAGUCGAUGAAUAACCAUCAGCCUGCUAGGAUGAGGUCAUUUCUGCUGUUGUGUGUGAAAUGUCAUUCUUGUUCACGUUUCAAAUGAAAGUAAAGUGGUUGCAUUUUUAAACAGACACAUACAUGUACAAAUAAAAUGUAACU